CGCCCCUCCCCACCUUCUUUCCCUUCGAUCCCCUCCCCCGACCAUCUUCCCAUUCCAUGGCCCUCGCCCUCUCUCCCCCUUGUUGUCCUCCAUGCCGAGCUUAGGAGGUCUGUUGAAGAAGCGGCGAACGAAGGAUUCUCAAACCCUCGCGUCGGAGCUGCCUGCAUCCUCCGAAACCCAGACCGUCCCCGAUUCCCACGACUCCCACACCCACGAUUCCUCCGAAGGCGCCUCCAUGCAACCCGCCGAGAGCUCGCAAGCAUCUCCGCAGCAGUCCAACAAUGCCGCCAGCAUUAAUAACCUCAUAAAUACCCCUGCCAAUGCCUCUCAGGCCCACGGCUCCGCCCAGCAUUCUAAUGCUGCUCAAGCGCAGGGCCAACAGGCCCAGCAGCAGCAGCAGAAACAAGAACGCACGACCAAGGGCAAGUACUCUCAAGAGGACUUCCUGCUGCAGCGCACCCUCGGCACCGGUAGUUUCGGUCGAGUUCAUCUCGUGCAAUCUAAACACAAUCAUCGCUUUUAUGCAAUGAAAGUGCUCAAGAAGGCCCAGGUGGUCAAGAUGAAACAGAUCGAACACACCAACGACGAGCGCCGAAUGCUCAAUCGUGUUCGACAUCCGUUCCUGGUGACCCUGUGGGGAACCUGGCAGGACUCGCGAAACCUAUACAUGGUGAUGGAUUUUGUCGAAGGUGGUGAACUCUUCAGUUUACUGCGCAAAUCACAAAGAUUCCCUAAUCCGGUUGCUAAAUUCUAUGCGGCGGAAGUCACGCUGGCGUUGGAGUACUUACAUUCCCAUCAAAUCAUCUAUCGUGACCUGAAGCCAGAGAAUCUUUUGCUGGACCGUCACGGUCACUUGAAGAUCACCGACUUUGGCUUUGCGAAAGAUGUGCCCGAUAUUACCUGGACGCUGUGCGGUACUCCCGACUAUCUAGCUCCCGAGGUAGUCUCUUCCAAGGGUUAUAACAAAUCCGUUGACUGGUGGUCAUUGGGAAUUCUUAUCUUUGAAAUGCUGUGUGGAUUUACUCCCUUCUGGGACAGCGGGUCCCCAGUGAAGAUCUAUGAGAAUAUCCUGCGCGGCAAGGUCAAGUACCCGCCGUACUUGCACGAUGACGCCGUCGAUCUACUGUCACAACUGAUCACGGCCGAUCUGACCAAGCGUCUGGGCAACCUGCACGGGGGCCCUGAGGAUGUCAAGAACCAUGCGUGGUUCGCCGAGGUCACUUGGGACCGGCUGGCUCGCAAAGAUAUCGACGCGCCCUAUAUCCCGCCCAUCCGAGGUGGCCAAGGUGAUGCAAGCCAAUACGAUAAAUAUCCCGAAGAGACAGAGCACUACGGCAUUGAGGGUGAAGAUGCCUACGGCCAUUUGUUCCCCGACUUCUAAGAGUGCUUGUAUGAUUUAUGACGAGAUGAAAGGCUCGCGCAAGGGCGCGAGAUUUUGAACUUCGCACUGGGGCGCUCGAUGGAGUCGCCGUGAAAAACCGGAGUGAUCUUAUAUCUAUGGAAAACCGUACCGAUCUCAUUUAUAGCAAUUGGACUCGAAGUUAUGUUUCUUCAAUCUUCUCUGUGGGAUCGCUUUGGGUCUAAGGGGUGGUUAUCUCUUUAGUGAAUUCUUGGAACUGGCUUUUUUUUAUUACUUUUGUUUGGUCUUCUUAAUUUUUGUCUCGAUAUACAAGGGGGAUUGGUCUUUGAUUCCCUCUAUAUCCCGAACCCAAGAUCUUUGGCCCUUAAUGUACACGGGGCUCUCCGGCCGUCUCUUAUUCGUACACGGAUCCCUUCAUUGGAUCAUCGUCAUUUUCCGUCCCCCGCCGUAGUAGACAUAACGUCACGAAGGAUGGGCAUGUAAAGUUGGUGAAGGCUCGAGUUGCCUCGUCUCUUACAGAGACAGACCGGCGACGUCGCCGCCCAUCUUCUUCCGCUCCUCGUUCAUGCGGUGCAUGUAGCUGCGGCUGACGACGUUCCACAUGUUGAUGUACUUGUCCAUGCAGCUGGACAUGCAGGAGUUCUCCUUGGAGGAGAGGGAAGAGCCGGGGGCAGUGACACAGGCAUCGAAGCAGUUCUCGUUGAUUUUCU